AUGCCUGUGUGGUGUGGUAUUGCACUCAGGAUGCAAUGGCUUGGUAAAAUGGUUGGAUUACCACCUACAAUGUGUUGCAUUGGAGAUAGCCCCACGAAAUUGGGUCAAGCACACAGGGCCUUACAAAAAAAUUCGACCCCAGCUACUUUUUUAAAAUUCUUGAACCCCCUUGUAUGUUUCAAUCUUCACAACAGGGCACUGAACAUUGAUACCCUGGGAAGUGAAGUUCUCGGUUCGCUCUUCACCCUUUACGGAGAAGGCGCGCCUAUGAAAAAGGCGGUGAGGAUUACAGCAAAGUCACCCCCAGACCCACUCUCACCCGCACGCAGCCCAAUCUUUUUUAUGGCUCGAUCCUUGCUUCUUGUCAUUGCUAUCAAGCAGCCCGCCGGACAGUGA